AUCGAAAAUCUGUUUAGUUUUAUAUUAAUGUUCAAUAUAAUUUUGAUAAAUCGAAUUCGAUUAAUUGGAUCUUGUAUCAUCACCUUGCCACCUGUCAGGUUUCGAUUUUAUUUUAAUGCUCAAUAUAAUUUUGACUAAUCGAAUUCUAUUAAUCGGAUCGUGUAUCACCGCCUUGAGAGUCUCAAAUAUAACAUGGCAGAGAAUAAAGAAAAAGUUUUAAAAGCUGAAAAGAAUAGUCUUAUAUCUUUCGUUAUUUUUGGAAUCUGGUAGCGAUUUAAUUUAAAAAUUAGAGACAAAUUAAAACAUCUGACAAUGGAUUUAUCAGUGGACAGAUUUGUAGUCAUUUGUAGUUGGAAAGAGAAAUAGAGUGAUUAUGUUCUUAUAACAAGUCUUACAAAUAAAGAUGAUGAAUAUCAGGCAACCAUGUUGAGAUAUAUAUACGUUCUCAACAAAGACUAAAAAUAUUUAUGAGUCCUUAAACCUUAAUGCAGAUGAAAAGAAGAAUCCAGUAAAAAAUUUACCAAAAAUGGGGGAGUUUGCAAAAGGUAUUGUAAAUGAAACGAGAGAAGACAAAAGUCUGGCAGACUUUAAGAAAAGAUGCAAGAGGGGUUUCCAAAAUCACGCAAAGAAUGUCCUGCCAAUGUCCAGUUGUAUUGGGAAUUUCGAGGCAAUAUUGCAAAGAUAAAGGGUCUUUGUUAUUUAAAGACCGGAUUAUCAUACCUACAGUGCUACGUCGUUAAAUUUGCAAGAAAUCCAUGAAGGGCACUUAAUCAAUAAAAACUGCAGUUUUUUUAAAUUAUUAUUUUCGUUAUUUUCACAUUUGGCCGAGACUAUAAAUAUACCUAUACCUAGUUAGUUGAUUGUUUCCACUGAGGGCCAUUAAAAAUAAUUUAUCUAAUGUGGAGUUUUUCAUGAGAUAACGGACACCAGCUUUCUUUUGUUUGUGUUUUGGUUGCCUAUGUGCAGGCUCUCAGGGCUCUCUCCUGACCCUGCACUAGGUGUGUCAGUGAUGAACAGACAAACUAUAGUAAAUACAAGUGAAAAUGGUAGUGUCAUUAUUGUAUUUUAUGACUGCAUAGAUUUAUAAUUUCAACAUAAAAUAAUUUAAUAUGUAAAGAGUUUUAUUAUACUUUUACUAUAAGCGUACAUUAUGAGGGGGUUAUGAGUUACCAGCCAAUAUGCCGUUAACAGGGAGAAAGGAACAACAGAUGUUUUACAUGUCCUUUAAUUAUGAAAAAGACAUCCACAAUUGAAGAUAUCAUAGAAAAUGAAGAUAUCAUAGAAUAAGUGAUAUUGCUGAUGUUUACCCUUAAACUGAAAAUUGACAAUCUCAAAUAUAUGACCUAAAAAGUAAGGGUAAGGUAGCUGUUUAUAGAACAGUUUCCUAAGAUAUGUCCUAGCAUGCAGUGAAACAAAACCUAAGUAAGGCAAGACAGUAGGAACCUGAAAAAACUUAUUUUAUAGCAAUUAAACAUUCUUUACAAAAACAAUAUUGCAUAAUUUUUUUUUAAUUUUUUUGUCUGAAUAACAUCCUAAAAAACCAUAAAUUUACAUAAUGCUCACUGCAAUUAUCAAACUAAAACCAAUUUGGGUGCAUAAAUUUCAGAUUCUAAUUGUUUAAAACAAACUAAUUUUUCCGUAACGUCUUUUGCUAAUUUUCCUAAGUUAAGCCUUACAAAAAAAGUAAAAUCUUAUGAUUUUUUUAUUAUUCAAAAUAUAAAAACAAGGUUGUUAAUUUAUAGUAUGUAUAUACUGCAAAUACGAUUUGUUAAUGCAGGCAAACAUCAAUCACCACCAUGACAAAGGUUAUAUCAAAUCACAACUUCUGUUUAGUAAACAUGUUCCUGGAUAAAACUACAGGGUGUUAGGGGAAAUGUCUAUUUUAGCCUUUAUUGUCGGUAUACAUAAGUUUGUUUAGGGAUCUUCCUAGGGCCUUCCUGAAGUCAUGGCUAUCAAGUUAAAUAGUUAAUCUGACUUGUCUAUCUUGUUUAUCUCAUGUUUCAUCUUUUGCCAUUGUAGCAUAAUAUCCUAGUAUGUAACAUCUAUCAUCCUAAACUAAUGGUUGGUAAAAACUAUCAUGGUUGCCAAAGACACCACUUUAACCCUCCACAAUUUCUAAUUUUCCUGGAAAAAGGUCAAAUUUUAAUUAAAUUUUUGGCUGUUAGUUUGAUGUCAGCAAGUGUGGCCAAGCAGUGACAUUUUCUACCUAUUUUUUUGUUAACCUUGCUUAGUGUAAUUGUGCUAGUGUUCAACAGUGAAAGACUGGUUAAGGGAAGGCAAAUGAACUGUAAGGGAUCGUUGGGUUGAGAAAAGAAGAUGAUGUUGACACCAUAGUGAGGCUGAUGAGAAUACUAGAGUAGUGUUUUUAUUAUUUAUUGAAGAAUAUGAGAAAUAAUACAAAUAAUCAAGAAAUAUAGCAAAUUACUGAUAGUAACCAGUUUUUUUCUUCCACAAACAGUCAGUUGAUCUUCUGAAUUAAAAAACUAGCUUUAGCCGCAGCAUGUGCAGAUAUAAAUAAAAAAUUGUAAAGCAUGUUUGGAUUUACUAUCAAAUGAAAAAAAUCUUUGUACGCUUCUGAAAAGACAUAAAGGAAGAGAUGCUUUUUAAGAUGUAAUAUCACAAACAGAUGCAAUGUAAAACACAGUGAGUAAUAAGAUGCCAUAUUUAGACUAAAAUUACCAAGAAAAAACAAGAAUCUAAUCAACUGUAUAUAGAUUCAAUGAUUGGGAAACAUGACUCAGGUCAAAUCUGCGAAGAGGAGUUUCUUACAGUGAAUGCACCAAGACAGUUUUAAACCUUGCAUGGAUGGAGUAACUUAUUAAAAAUUUGUGAUACAAAGAACGUAAAGAGGUUGACAGCAGUGAAACUCCAUUAAAAUUAGUCAAGAAGCAGAAAAAAGACCUGAAAAUGACAUGCCACUUUAAAUAUGGAAUUUACUGUGGAGGAUUCUUGGGGAGUUGGGUCAUUCCGCCAAUGUGCAGGAUUUCCAUGCACCCAGAAAGAUAUGUACUGCACUCCACUAGGAUGUUGUAUUGUUCAAUGGCAUAUCAGAACCAAAGAAAAAACCAUGUUUCAAGCUCACAACGAUUUAAUUACAGUCCUGUUGAAAAAUUGUGAUGAACUUGUGCUAAGUAUAUCUAUGUGUGGUGAAGUAAAAAUAUGGGAUGCAAACUGGACCAUGAUGGCGUUGUUUAAGCUACCAACUAGUAAUGUGAUUUAUGGAUCCUGGUCAAAAGAUGGCAAAAUGUUAAGUGUGUGCUCAAAAGGUCCUGAGCAAAUGCUAAUAGUAUAUGAUUUAAAUGCUAUACUGGAGUGUUAUACAACAUUUGUGAAUUGUAGGUGGCGAUACAAGGCUCCUCAAACACCUGCCCAUACUGGUCAGUUAGAGGUAGCCUGCAGUGCAGAGAAGCAAAAAUCUUAUGACUGUUUUAACGCAAGUGUAUUUAAAGAAAACGGAGAAGUUAUUGCAAUAUAUCAGUCAUCGUCUUGUUGUUUUAUUUAUUUAUUUUCUGUUGACGGUGAGCUCUUGAAGACACAAGAGGUGUCGCCACUUGGUGAUGAGAAGAACGUGAUGCUUUGUGUAAGUGAAGUAAAUGACAAUUUAAUAUGUGUUGGUUUGCAACAUGGAGUUUUUGGUUUUUACAAUGCCACGUCGUUGAUCAUGUCAGCUGUUAUUCAGGCAACUGGGUCGCCUCAAGUAUGCAUGUGGUAUCGUGAUGAAUUGUUUACUGUGUCGUACUUAUCUGGUGUCAUGUCGUUUUGGAGUAAAGAAGGCAUGUUAUUGGGAGAAAUAACAGGUUGUCCCAGCGAAUCUAUCGUGCAUAUGAAUCCGUCGCUGACAACAUCUAGCUUUUGGAUAGCUGGUAUUAUGUCCCUUCAUCAAGUUACAAUCUCCCACAAAUCGGCAGCAGUAAUUGAGCGUCAAGAUUUAUCAUUUCUCUCACUCACUGGCUGUGGUGUUGCUGUUAGUGAAAAUAAUCUGGUGGCGUCUGGUGAUUUCACUGGAAAGGUCUUGUUGUGGGAAUACAACAAGCCACUACCAAUUAAGAAAGUGUUGCUACCUUCACCCUCUAUAAGAUGCUUGUUAUGGUACAGAACUACUUUAUUAAUUGGAUUACUGGAUGGAUGUUUAUAUGGAUGGUCGUAUAUAACAAGUGGGACAGUACAUCUUAACGACUCACCCACGCUAGACGAUUGUACACUUAAAUUGUUAUAUAGUUUUACAGGCGGUGUAGUCAGUGUUCAUUUAAACAGCACAGCAACACAACUUGCAGCUGCGACUACAGCGGGGUAUUUACAUGUGUUUACGAUUGAUCAUGAGAAUGGUGAGAUAUUAAUCAAGAUAAUAUAUUCUUCUUUGCAACACAAGCCAAAAAUACAACCAAGUGGCGAAAAGUUGAAUAUGGAGAUUUGGAGUUUAACAUGGAGUGUGGACGAUAAUAUGAUUGCCACCACUUCGGAAGAUAAAACAUGUGCUGUAGCUUCGUCAGAAACAGGACAAAUUUUGCAUGUAUUGACUGGUCAUACAACAGCAGUAACGUCAGUUGAUUGGAAGUUACUUUCGAACAACAAAAACAUUUUAGCUACUUGCGCCGAUGAUCAGACUGUCAGAAUAUAUGAUGGCGUCACGUUCACUUUAAUCAAAAUGGUAGACACUUACAGUAUAUAUGGCUGGCAUACGCUUACUUACAUGUGCAUUCAACCUAAACGUAAUUUGCUUAUUUGUGCCACACAGAAUGGUUAUCUUGUCGUAUGGAAUUUAUACACCUUUGAAUGUUUGACUGAACGAAAAAUUCACGGUGGUUCUAUAGAAGGGCUGGCACUUGAUAAAAAUGAACAGUUUGUUUUUACCACAAGCUCCGACUGCGUUGUGAAUAGACUUUGCCUUUCUUGUAUUUCAGAGAAAUACUUUAAACAGUGUUGACUGUUCUAAGAAAUUGAUGCAAUGUCGUUUAAUUUAUUUACAUUACUAUUUAUAGAAUUACGAAUUUUGAUAUUAUAAACUGAGACUUAGUUUCCAUUAGACGAUUUAGCGAAGCGCCGCGUCUAAGAAUCGAUAUGAUAUUUUUGUUUAAUGGAAACAGUUUCUAUUAUUUGUUUUAAUACGGUAAGUGCUGUUUCCAUUAGACUUCUAUUAGCAUGUGCACUAUGAUGAUGAGUAUCGUUAAUGUUCUAAACCAUGGAUACUAUCGUCAAAAACACAUGUUUGAGUACCAGAUAAAAAAUAAAUCCCGAUGAUUUAAAGAUUUUUGAUGUUUGAUUUCUUCUAUUAGUAUGCGCACUAUAUUAUAACAAGUUUCGGUAAUGUUUGUCACGAUGGAAACUAUUGUCAAAAAACACGUUUGAGUGCCAGAUAAAAAAUAAAUCAGUGGAAGAGUCCCAAUGAUUUGAAGAUUUUUCUGUUUGAUAUCUUUUUGUGAAGCAUAUAUUACUUCUACCAGGUCUUACCAAGUAUCUUGGAAGUUCUCGUUCUUUUUUCUUCGUGUUUCUCCUUUUAUUUGAAUCAGCAAUCAACAUCUUCAAAGUAAUUUGUCUUUUGCGUUUGUGUUUUUCAGUUAAAAUGAAAUCACCGAGUUGAACAUAUUACAUGUUGAAAUCCAAACAUUUUAAAGUAUAACAAUUUGCUUACUUAAAUCAACUUUACUCAACGCCAUUUUGAUCAAAAGAACAAAACUGAAAAAGUUACUUUUAUUAUGUUCAAGCAUGCCGAAACGUUUAUUCACCUGUUUCCAUUUAAAAAGUAUCGUCUUAAGAGCUAUCCGAUACAUGUUAUGUCACUUUCACGAUCGGCAUGGAGUGAUAACUAUCUGACAGCCUAUCUAUGCCGAAACAACACAUUUUAAAUGGAAACAAAACCGCUAUCCGAUAUGCUUUUUAGGACGCUGCGAUAGUAAAUCAUCUAAUGGAUACUAAGUCUGAGAAAGGUAUUAGCUACAUGCAGCAUAUUUUGUAUUGCAUGAAAAAACAUCCAGAGAACUGGCUUGUUGUGUUUUGAUCGCUACUUUAAGUGAAGAAAUUUUCGCGGAAGAAAUCCUUGGGAAUUUAGCGUCCGAAAAUCAAGGCUAUAAGAAAAUCUUCCGAAGAACGAAUGUGAACAUUUCGAAAAUUAGAAAAUAUUUUUUAUAUUAUAUAUUUGUCUUUUAGUUUUUAAAAUCUGAAAACUUUUGGUAAAUUUCGCAGAAUUUAUUUUUUGCAAAAUUAGGGUUAAAUUUGCGAAAAUUUGUUUCCUGAAAAUUUCUUAACAUACAUUAACGGAGAAAAUGUUAGUUUGGAUUAGUUUAAAAUUUUAGUUCGCAAAAAGAACACAGAACGUGAUAAUUUUAUGACAGACACCUUAAAAUCAAUUUUUUUUACUAAAAAUUGGGUUGUGGAUAAAAAGGACGACAUCUGAGAAUCAGGAAAAACGGGAAAUUUUAAUGUAGGCAGAAUUUGAGUCUUAGUCUGCUGUAAUAUUUUUGAGAUGUGUCUUUUUUUGAUUUUGAAAUUUCGGUAAAAUUGUAAGCAGUAGCAAAAAAAAUGCAUAUAUUAUAACCGGACACGUCGUAAGCAUAUUAACACCAGCAGUUUGCGGAAAAAGUUGUGAAAUUCAAGUUUGUGCCAAUUUGUUUUUUGUUUUUUAUUAAAGCAAUUGUUAUGGAUAAUUCAGAAUCUCUUAAUAAUCGAAAUAUCGAAUUGUUUUACCUAUUACAGCAAAUCUCCAGUUUCUGGAAAAAAGAAUGAAAGCAUAUACCUGUCAGACAAAGUCAACCUGCUUACCACAACCUCGAUCUCACACCCUAGCAGGCUGUGAAGCAAUUUGGAAAUUUAAAAAAAGUUCUAUGCACGGUCGGAGUCCGAUGUAGAGAGAUUUCACUGGAUUAAGUAUAAUUUCGCAAAUUAAGUGCAAUCGUUAAAUCUCAUUGCCAAUUAUAGAAAAUACUUUUGCGGGGCAAAAUGGACAGGUGUCACUGUAACUAACGAAUUACAUCAUAUUUUUGUGUCAGCGUUAUUUUAUAUUUGAAUUAAAUUUGUAGCCUUCGCAGUUAAACAAAAUCAACAACAAAAAGUUAAAAUUAAUUUUGUUACGUUAUGUUGGCCUUACAACUUUGUCACUUGAAAACAUAAAAGCACGCAAAAAUUCUACAUAAGAAGGCAAACGUAACUGCACCAUAGGAACACUUAUUUAUUACGCCUUCGCCUUCACUUUGUGCAUGAGCAAAUAUAGCAAAGAAUUUCGCGCAAAAAUUAAUAUGCGUCUAUACCGUAGCACAUACUAUAUUAAAACGAAUUACCAGAAAAUGUUUUCAUUAGACAAAAGUAUGGUAUUAAUUAUUGAGCCGCAACGCCCCGUUAAUUCAUCUAAUGGAAACGAAGUCUGAGAUAUGUUUCUAUUUUUAGAAGAUAAUAACAUCAUAUUAGUAACUUCAUCGUGAAGUAAUUAUUCGUGAACAGGUUGUCUUAUAGCUGUGAAGUGCGUCUUCACAAUGUGCGAGGAUGGAGAAUAACAUCAGUGUCGGAGAUCUUACUUGAACUGUUUCGUGGGGACACGGGAUGCAAAAAAGUCGUCGAAAUAAAAUAAUGACCGCGCCAAUGUUAUUUUUUUUUCGCCAUGCAUUCAACGCAUGAAAAACUCGAUAAUAAAUACAUAAAAGUAUAACGAAAAAUAACAGAAUUGUAACAAAUUUAAAAAUAUGUGAAUUAUGAAAAACAAAAAGGAUAUAAGGGAAGGCGACUUUGCUUACUUUUUGCUGGUCAAUUAGUACAAAUAAUAACCAAAGAUUGAUUUCUGCCCUUUUAAAAGGAUUUGUAAACUUUAAAAAAUAUCGCAAAAUCCCAAUUUCGCGACAAAUUUAAUCCUCACGAAAAUUAUUUUCUAUAAUUCUUUUUGUUUAUUUGUUCGUUUGAAGGGAAGUCAACCAAAACACCAAUGGGAACCUGUACUAACCGAUAUUAACGAAGCAGAAAUUAAUUUUCCUGAUCCUUUUCGGUCGGUUGUUGAUUUUUUAAACAAUUUUAUUAGAUAGGUAUGGUUGCUAUUUAUGACGAUAGAAAAUAUGCAUUUUCGCUAGUUGUCUCCCAAAAUUUAUAGCUGAAAUGCCGUAAAUAUGAUAUUUCACUUUUCGUGCAUUAAAUAUCACAAAAUAGAGAAGGAAAAUGGAAAUUUGCGUAAAAAAUUAGUUGGUACUUAGUAAUUUUUUGUAACCCAUAUGAUAUUUUUUUCACUGAAACAGUACUGACGUCGUGAACUGUACCCUGACCUUUUGGACCGUGUUUAAAAAGACCCUGACAAUACGCCAAUC